AAGUUUGUCGAGCAUCUGAAAAUUGUUAAAACACGAGCCAAUAUUAAAUUGUUGACAAUAAGUGUUUAUCAAAUUAAUCGUCUUUCUGCCGCAGCUCGCACCGGUUGACCACCCCUGAACGCAGCAAUCCUUUUUCGCUGCUGUCAGUGUUUUGCUUCCAAAAGUUUUCCAACAAAAAGAAAAGCGCUUGACGUUUUGGAGUGCGGAGGAUAUUUUCGUCGUUCGUAUCGCUGCAGAAACUAGCGGAGGUAGUAUGCCGUGAAACACGUGUGUCAGGAUCUCCAAAUUUACGCCGCUUUGUGUGGAAAUUGUAGUGCAGUUAAUAGUGUUUUAGGAUAUAUUAAAAUUUGCUUACCGAAAUACCCGUGCCGAAAUUCUGCCAAACGUUGCGAAAUUGGAGCACAAGUGUACGCGAGUGGUGAGGGUUGCUGGUGCCAUUCGUAAACAAAAAGCGAUUUUCCACUUUCUACGCACGGGUGCAGCGUUCGUGCCACUUUCCAUCGACGGCCCGUCGUCGAGGUUGCGGUGAAGCAUCCACCAUCGUUACCUCCUAGCAAGCGGUGCAGCAAUGGAGAAGGUGAAAAGUGUGGAACGGGCAGCCAUCAUAAAAAAUCGCCCAAACAACGAACAGAAAGCGGCCGCCGCCAACGGUAGCCCCGGUUUGAAUAACGACGGAACGGCGGCGCUUCGAAUGCGACCCUCACAGCUUUACCACCCACACGGUGGCCAGCAGACGUUGGCGACCGGGCCACCGGUGUCGGAUCGCAAGACCCACACCUCCGCGACGGCACAGCACCAACAGGAUCGGGCCGAAAGUGAGAAAGUUCGGGACCGUGCGAGCGGGGAGCAAAGCGAUGAGGAUGAGCUGGAAAAUCAAUACUUCUACGAGGAUGAAAUUUUUUGUCUCACCCCCAAAAAUGGUCACGUCAAGUUUGGCCUGGUGCUCGACAACUACGACGAGAGCGAGGAGGAAACCGCAGAGGAAGAUGCACCGAAGCGGGGCGAAAUUCGUGCCUGUUGGCAUCCAGAUGGCCGCGAAGAAAUCAUCAAACAGCGAAAGGUAGGUUUGGCUGACAGGACACUGAUGCCGGGCGACGUGGUGCGCCGAAUGGUCCCGGGUAGAGACACGCAGCGAGGCUACUGCCAUGAAAUCACCGUAAAAGCGGACCUUCGCAUCAUCGGCACAAAGUACGUGGUCCGUAACGUGUGCUCGGAUCGGCUACGGCCACUACUGUCCAUGCCUAAGGAUAGUGCAGUUUGUCUGGACUCAUGGGUGGGCAGCACAAAGCAAAUCAUGGAAAAGCUUAUUCUAAAAUCGUCCUGUGGGUCGCUGGUGGAAGUGUGUCCUGCCAGCGAGUUGGGCAUGCUGCGCGAUCACAAUAUGCGCUUCCGGCGAGGGUUUUUUGCCGAGCCACUGUUUUACCCGGGCCAGCAGCUGGUCGGGCUGAUGAGCGAGCUGGCCAACGGCAAGUGGCUCACGACGUCGAACGAGAUGAAGUUGUCCCGGAAGAACUAUAUGCUGGAACGCAAAUUCACCGUCCAAUCGGUGGAGCUGCAAGGUGUUUCGGUGCACUGGCAGUGCAAAGUGUCGAGCGAAGAGCUAGAACAGAAGCUGUCCGAAGGGGGAAGUUUGCAGCAGCCGCCCGAAUACAUCGCUGGCGAGGAUUUGAAGCGGAUGAAAAAAUUGAAUCUCUUCGAAUCGUGCAUGCUGCAGAUAAACGACAAAAACUAUCUCAAAAUAGAGGAAUCCGAUGUGAUCUGCUCCAAGCAGGCUUGGCGCAAGGACAUGAGCAGCAAGUACCGGGAGCAGCUGUUGCCAGAAAGCAGGACGAAGGUAAAGACCACCAAAGCUGCAACGGGUGAAGAGGAAAAGGCCACAAAACAGAGUAAAGCUAGCAACAACGGUGACUCGAAGCUUUCGGUUCGUAGCGCGGAAAAGGAGAAUGGAAGGCACGAUUCGCCACAAUCCAAGCUCACGAGUGUGGACAGUGACGAAGGAUGGGAAACGGACGAGGAAGGUGAGCUGUCCGACGGUGCGGCAUCGGCCUGUUCGGUUACAUCGAAGCCUAGUCCGCGGAGAUCGCCGUUGCUGGCAAAACGUAUCGGUAAGCUGAAGCGUCGCCAGCUGGCGGCCGAGUUUAGCGGCGACCGGUUUCCGACCGCCGGCGAUGAAGUGAUCACGGAAGCGCUGGUCGUGUACAGUAUGGCUACGGUCGUCUGGCAGGACGGGACCAUCGAAACGGGCAUUCCGUCCACCGAGCUGCGUCCCAUACAUCACCUAGACGACCACGAGUUUUUCCCGGGCGAUUUCGUGCUGGCCGGCAAUACGGAUCCGGCCAAAAAUCCCUCCUUCCGCGAUUACGGUGUCAUACAGGAUGUGGAUCAUCAUGGGCGAACGGCGCGCGUCAAGUGGUUCAGCACUUACACGUGCACGUCUGAACCGCAGCCAACGUUCAACGGCGAGUCGGAGGUCAGCGUGUACGAUCUGAAGGAUCAUCCCGACUUUCAAUAUCGGCCCGGAACCAUCGUUAUACGGGUGGCUAACUUUACCGGCGAAGAAGGCAUCUCGACCGCCGGUCAGGUACUGGAUAACUAUCCCAACGGCAUGGUGAAGGUGUGGUGGGUGGACGGAUUCGUCAGCAUGUGCUGGCCGCAAGACAUUUUCGAGGUGGGACAGUACGAUUCGGAGAACAAUUUUUGGGGCAGCGUCGCCGAUUCGGAUGCGGAUUCGUGGGAAACGGAGGCGGAAUCGUGUCACUUUGGCGAUGCUGAGGCCGGCUCUCCCUCGGUAAGGGUGAAACCACAGGUAACGGUCAACCUGGAGCGUGCUCGCGUUGCCAUUGCGCAACUGGAGGAACUGUUCAACAUUAACCCGCAUCUACAGAAUCAGGAAAUCAUGAAAAAGCUUAUGCUGGUGUACAAAAAGUGUCGAUUCCUGGAUCGGCUGUUAAACACGAGCUUCUUCCACGAGCGCCAUUUCAUGGGACUGGUAGAGCGGGUGCGGAAGUCAAACAAUCAAACCACGACCGAACGCAUGCAGGAUCAGAAGAAUCGGCUUUUCAAUCAGAGUGCGUCCGGUUCGAAAACGUCCACGCCAACGGCCGAAACACCGGAGGCGGUGAAGGCCGCAUUACCGCAGCGCGCCCUGUUCAGUCCAAGCGCACCGAACAGUCCGUCCGUGAGCAGCCCCGUCGGGAAGCUGGAGGAAAACGAAAACGCCAACUACACUGUCGGUAUCGCCAACAUGGAGCUAGACUACGUGAACAGCCUGUGCAUGAAGAUGAGCGAGAAUGCGGAUCUAAACAAUACGAGCUCGGUGUUCGAUCUAGCCGAAGGUGGAGGUGAAUCGGAUAAACCGGACCAGGAGGAUAAAGAAACGGGAGAGCAACUGGCCCAGGAGUGUGUUUCGGCCCGGCUUUGCUCGCUGCUGAAGCGUCAACUCAUCAAGGUGCUGGAAGAGAUAAACGAACGGUACGGGUUGGAGGAUCCAUUCAAGGAGAUUAUUUCCGUAGUCGAGCUUAAGACACCGACGCUUGCCUCCAUGCCACCGUCCUGGACACCGUCGCCGGCCGGAACGCCGGAAAUCGGCGCCAGCAUUGCCGACCCGAUUGCGACGAGCUCACCAGCCGCGGUAAGCACGGACAGCAUGGUGCCAGCUUCGCCCACCGGCAUUCCGUCCGAAAGCUUCCAGAUAAUCGAAUCGGCACCGACGUCACACAAGUAUCAUCUAACGAUUUUUCAAACCAGCAACGCACAAAGCUUCUACAAGGCGGUGCAGCGAGAACACUGGCUGCUGCGCACGUCGCUGCCACCGGGCGUGUGGGUUAGAACGUUCGAAGAUAGGCUGGACCUGCUGAGCGUGAUGAUCGAGGGUCCGAAGAAUACACCGUACGAGGAUGGUUUGUUUUUGUUCGACAUUCAGCUCGGGCUCGAUUAUCCGAGGGCACCACCGUUGUGUCACUACAUAAGCUACUGCUCCGAUCGGCUGAAUCCAAACUUGUACGAAGAUGGCAAGGUGUGCGUUUCGCUGCUCGGAACCUGGUCGGGCAAGGGUACGGAGGUUUGGGGACCGUCCAGCACGCUCCUGCAGGUGAUCGUUUCCAUACAGGGAUUAAUUUUGGUUGCGGAACCAUACUUCAAUGAGGCCGGCUAUGAAAAGCUGCGAGGUUCGCAGCAGGGCAAGGAGAAUUCGCGCAUGUACAACGAAAUGGUGCUACUGAAGCUGGUUCAAUCCAUGACCAAGCUGGUGUCCAAUCCACCGGAAGUGUUCCGAGAACAAAUUCUAACCCACUUCCAUGCCUGUGGUCAGCGCAUGCACGAUCGGCUUAGAAAAUGGAUGGAGCUGUCGAACGAUUACAACCGUCAGGCGAGUGUCACGGAGCAAAAUGAAAAAGAGUCAAUCGCAACCAACGCUUCUGGCGCUUCUCAAUCUCCCGUCAUCACCGAUGAGGCACUGUCAGCGACCAACGGUUGUAUGAUUCCUCGGCCAGAAUUUCCACUCAUUCCAGCUAGCCGUGGUUUCUGUCUCACGCUGACAGGGCUGCUGGAAUCGUUUCAAAAGCAGUUGCAGCAACUGUCCCCUUUAUCGCCGGUACCAGUGGCCACGGAUGGUAAAUAACGGCCGGAAUCGGUAAGAAGUAGUGUGCGUCGUUGCGUUGCGCCAAUAUUCCUCGGAAGGGUUGUGUUGUUGCAGUGCCUCUAGUCCAUACGGCGAACGCAGCAUAAGAUAUUUGAUUGUUUCGCCGGCAAAACGGAACAUGGGCACCAAGCGGAGAAGAUAGCUUUACUAGUUACAACGUCGCAUAAAAGAGUGGUCGCACGCGGCACUAUCAUUAAAGCAGUUUUAAAUCAUGUGACAGCCUAGCUUUGUAAGGGAAGGCACGAUUUUACACCGGUGUUUGUUCUGUUGAUACUUUGUUGUGCUUUCCUCGGGCUAAAGUCAACGGAUUUUUGUAUAGAUUAGCAUAUUCGCAAAUAUUUUUAUAUUCUUAUGGAGCAGCGCACGUUUGCUCAUCUCAGAUCACUAUUUUGUGCAGUCUGUGAUCGUCUGAAGAAUCUCUGCUCGUUAUACAAUAUAUAAUUUUAACCAUAUCACCCAUCUCAUUCCAAUAGGUUAAUCGUUAAAGUUGUUCCGUGUGCGUGUGUGUUUUGAAUAAGACACAAAUGUCCUUUUCAUUCGUUAUUUGUUGCUUUCACCAUGCGAUCAUAUCUGACCAUUUGAAAAGAAAUUUAUUUUGUAUCUACUAUGUUAAACAUUCUAAUGCAGCUGAUCCGCUGACGCUUGCUGCGAGUGGAGUGUCUCAAGCGAAAAUGAUUCUUUUUGUUCCAGCGCUUUGGAAGAAAAUUGAGCAAACGCAAGCUAAGCGAAACAUUCCCAUUGCAAGUGAGCGAGCCACAGAUAGGCUGCUACGAAAUAGACCUUCCGUUUUGCAGAUGCAGCACUGUUGCGGCUAAUGGAUGGCUUAAAGAAUGAACGGAAAAUCUCAUAAAAUGCUGUGCCUAUAAUUAAAUCAAUUACAAAUACUAAUAUUCACUACACGCAAUGGCUCACACAGGGGGGCGAGAAGUUCGUUCCAUUGCGCAUUCGUUCGUAAUGAAGCUGAAUUUAAGUCCUAGUGAGAGAGCGGAAAAAGUCACCAAAAUGGAAACGAAAUCAAAACCAAAUGCUCCUAAACUUAGCAUUACUAUAUUAGCAAAGAACAAUAAGUUAGAUCUUAGAAGAAGAGAGAGAGAGGAGAAAAACAUGUUGCAAUGCACAACUCGCAGAUGAAUGGUAGAAUUGUUAAUACUAUAUGCUUACCAACACUUACCCCCUUAAAAGAACUGUUGUAGGAAGACAAAAACAAAUUAAGUUACAUCAGCACAAGAGGGAUGAUAAUUUAUUUUAAUCUUAUAUAAAACAAUCCUAAAGUUUAGAGUCUAUCACUUCACCAAAACCAGGCAUCUGCAUUGGGGAGGGGGAGAACCCUAUAUGAAUCGCACUGUUGCCACCUGUUCAUGAUGUUCCUUUUGAUCCGCUAACCCCCACCCCUCUGUAAUAAUGUUGGAACCAUUCCCAUCCCAGCUAACUUCUUCCAGCAAAACAAGCGCAAACACUACUCCUUUGAGGCAGCAAGCAAGCACGUACAGUAUGAACGCACAGCAACCGUUUGAAACAUGCUACAGUGAAAAGUCUUUUAAAACCACAAUCCGAGCCCUUUUAACGGACUAGCCGUGAAGCCUAGCCUAGCGCCUUUGGGAGUUGUUGAACGGCGGUAUACGUAGUUUACAGCAUGCGAUUUGAAACUGAAACGAUUGGCGGUAUGGCCGGUACGAAGUGUGUAAUGUUGAUAUAGAAGCGCAUCUUUGAAGUAUAGUUUGGCGGUUUUUGGAAGAUGAAUGCCAGCUGCUACGCUCCUCGAGAGGAAGCACGGUUUACUGGUCUGAAGCCAGUUGGCUUGAUCGCUUUGCCAAAGUAAAUUGGUCGAAAGAGUGUGUAGCAAAAAUCUUUAAAGAAAAGACUGUGUGUAUCAUGAAGCGUCCUGAGGGGUCUGGAAGGUGUAGGAAGAACGAAGCUUUGUUUUAUUUUUUUUUUGUGAAAAGGAAAGUCACACCCCAAAAGAUUUUUUUUUAAUUAUCAAUAUCAGCGCGGCUUAUCCGUUGUAAUGCGUGUGGACCUUAUCAUUAAACCGCUGCUACGAUAUGCGGCCCCAUGCAGAGGUUGCCGGACGUAUGUAUAUAAUUUCAAAAAUCAAUCCUGUUUACAGGUGGUUCUGUUUUUUGCUUUCCCCGAUAUUUAUGAUUUCAUAUACUUAUUGCUUAAUUUUCCCACAAUCUAUACAUAAAAAGGCUUUUUUAUUUGCCGAUACACUAGGAUUUUGUUUUUCUGGUAUGGAAUGAGCAUAUGAGAGCUUGAAGAGAAGUAGGGUGUUUGUAAGAAAAGCAGCAAAUCUAAACGUGACGACUUAGUGUUAAAAGAUGGUACCGCGUUUGUCGGAAUUCUCGCAAAAACAAAAACGCAUAAUAAUAAAAAAAGCAUGGAAAAGUGCA